AUAACAAUAUCGGAGCAACCACUGUGGUAAGUUAGCGACAUUAUAAAUACAAGUGGCGGUGUGCCAAACGGCAGACGUGUGUUGUGAUCGCUCGCCAUAACGCGCGCGUAAACGCGGGAAAAUUGAAAAAGCAGCCAUGUUGGUUUUGAAGGCCCUGAUUCUCUGCGCGGCGUGGUUGGCAGUCCACUGCCAGGGUCCCAACGGACCCACCACCACCCCAGUACCUAUCCUGAAGCAGAUCAACCGACAGAAUGACGAUGGAUCCUACAGUUACGGAUAUGAAGCCGCUGACGGAUCCUUCAAGAUUGAGACCAAAUACCCGAAUGGUGAUGUAGCUGGAAAGUACGGAUAUGUUGAUGAGAAUGGAAAGACCAGGGAGAUCUCGUAUGGUGCCAGCAGUCAGAGAGGUUUCGAGCCCGAAGGCCCCGGCAUCAUGGUGCCCCCACCGACUCUAAACAACCCUCAAACUUCGAACGCGCUCACUGAUGGCCAGGAAGACGAUGGCCAGUACCGUGAGGACCCCAGCAUUUACGAGGAUCCGAAGUACAACGGCCGCGCCCAGUCUCGCCCAGCUCCCAUCAGACAAUUCCACCAGCCUGCUCAACCGGCACCAGCUAGACAGUACCAACAACAGCCCCAAUUUGCCCCAGCACCCACAGCUGCUCCAGCUCCUCAAUACCAGCAACAAAGCCAGUUCAGAUCAGCUCCUCUCUACUCUCAACAGACUAGCCUCUUCAACCAGGGUCCUCAGCAAUUCCCAACCCAAAACCAGGACUUCCGUCCCCAGAGUCAAGUUUACCACCAGCAGCCUCAAUUCUCCUACCAGGCUUACACUCCUCAGCCUUACCAGAAUUUCCAGAGCCAGAGUUUCCAGCCCCAGUACCAACAGCAGCAGUAUCAGGGUCAGAAUCAGAACUUCAACCCAUUCUUUGGCCACCCCGCCCAGAACUUUGACCCCAGCUCUGGGUCCUACUCCAUCAACUUCACUGGUUAAGUGAUUAUUGUUAUUGUUGGUAUUUUUAAGGACAAGGUGUUGUGUAGACAGUUCAUAGUCUUUAGUUUUUAAUGGAGAUAUUGCAGGAUCAUCGGAUUUUUUAAAAUCACAGGUUAUCCUUUUGUCUUUAAGAAGAUAAUCUCUGAUUUUAAUACAAGUUUACUCAUGUCUCUCUUCUAUUUGAGUUUCAAUUUAAGUCAAAUUUAGUUGAUACUUAUUAAUACUUAAAUUGAUACUCAGAAAUAUAUCGACGUUAGCAUAUACUAUUAUAUUUUCUCUACCAACCUAAAGAUAUGAAUUGUCUAUACCAACACUAGAAUUUUGUACAAAAUAUUAGGAUAUUGCAAAGGGUACCUCCCAGUGUGACGAACGAUAUAUUUUUACGAUUUUGUAUAAUUUUAGUUACUAGUCAAUUAUUUCGGUGUAUUUUAUACAAAUUGAAGGAAGGAGCUUUAAUUAUAUUGUGGUUAACAAUAUCAAUUAAUAAUUUAUUUAUGUUUUUUUCUUCAUAAACAAUAAAGUUACUUACACUUAUUUUAUUACGUAUGUUUAUUUUUAUAUCGAAGUAUUUUUAAUUAUGAUUAACUACAUGCACAACUUUUGCUGUCAAAGAUUUAAAAAAAUGUUGGCGUCUGAUGUGAAAUAAUAUUUUAACCAUGUAUUAUUUUGAUAUCUUAAUAGUUAUGUAUUUAUGUAUGAAAUGUAUUAUGGAAAAGAAAAGGAUAUAUUAAAAGAAGCACUUCGCAAAAGUUGCCCAUGUACGACAUGAUAUAUGUUUAUAUAUUUUCUAUUUAUCUAUUCAUGUAUGUAUAUGUAUUUUAUAUGUUAUAUGUCGGUAUUGUUAUUAUCAUUUGAUACGUUUAUAUUACUAAAACUAUAAAAUAUUUUUGUAUUUACACAAAUAUAGAUAAUUACAUAUCCAGUAAAUGUAUGUAUGUAUUGAAUACCACAAGUAUUUGAAUGCUAACACUGUUACAACUUCGGCAACAGGCACAAUGAAUUCAGAUAAAGCUAAAAUAAAACGCAUGUGUUUCUGAAAUUGAAAACUAAUAAUUGAGACUCUUCAUCCAUUUGACCACAAUUCAAGUCAGUAUAUUCUAGUUAUUAAGACUUUACGUUGAUAUGACAUUAAUUAUGGCCUUACGAUAUGAAAAACAUAAAAUUUUCUCUAAUGCAUCAUCUUGGUACUCAAGGCUGUAUCAGCUUGUAUUUUGCAGCCAAUCCAUAGAACUGCUAAUACUUAUUUAUGGCAGUCACUCUGCAGUCUACGGAUUGGCUGAUACCAUUAGCUUGCAGCCUCAUUUAGACACAUUAUUCCUGCCUGUGAUAUGUUUUAAAUCCAGGUUUUUAAACCCUUAGCCCUUACUCAUUAUUUAGCACUGACGCAUCAUCGGUUUAGUGUGAACGGUCAAUUGUUUUUCUAUACAUUUGUCUGUUCUGGCAUUCCGCGACGCAUGUUCCGUCAGAUAUGAACCGACUCUUAGUCUCUUCUUAGUAGAUGUUAAUAAAAAAGGAAAAUUUCCAUCAUUCAAGCAAGUCCCUAUUCGAUUGUCAAUUGUUGCUUGUCUAAAUAUGUUUACCUAACCUUAGUUAAAAAUCUUAGCAAUUUACUUCAGAAACACAUGUCUUAAGCUUAACACAGGUGCCUUGUGAAGCAUUCGCAUUACUAUUUAUUGUGAAAGACAACUUACGAGUAUGUUUUAUUAAAGGAACCACGAAAAGUAAAGUAAUUUUGUAAAAACGGGAAAUUCUCAUUUUUAUUGCAUAUCAGUAUCAAGGUUCUCAUUUCGAUUUUUUAAAUAAUUAUUUUAAAAUUACUCAAUAUCCUAAUUAUUACUAUUCCGACCACCCCAUCGAAUAUAAUGUAAUACUACACCACGAAUUUAUACUGUACCACAAUCUAACAGUGAAAUAAGCAUUCAAUAAACGAUUGAAAGAUUACGCGCACGCGCCGAUUUCAAAAUGGCGUCGGUGUGCGAAAUACGUGUACCGAUUGUAAAUAUAUGAUUAAAUAAAGUGUUAUGUAAUA